AUGGCGGCCUCGGAGCUGAGUCAAGAGCAGCUGGACCAGAUCUACGCUUUUGCAGUCGAUCUGGGCCGGAAGGCUGGUCAGCUUCUGAUGGAAAGCGUCGAGAAGCGCAUUGGCGACGGAGUCUCUCAGGCAGUCGAGGAGAAGGACAGCGCCGUCGACAUUGUCACCCAGACCGAUGAAGAAGUAGAAGUAUUCAUUAAGAACGCAAUCCAGUCCAAAUACCCCACACAUAAGUUCCUGGGUGAAGAGUCCUACGCCAAAGGACAGUCGCGCGACUACUUGAUCGACGAGCACCCAACAUGGUGCAUUGAUCCCCUAGAUGGAACUGUCAACUUCACACACAUUUUCCCCAUGUUCUGCGUCUCCAUAGGCUUCAUCGUCAACCACCGUCCCAUCAUCGGCGUGAUCUACGCUCCUUUUCAAGACCAGCUCUUUUCAUCUUGUGUAAAUCGCGGCGCAUGGUUAAAUGAAAAGCGCCGUCUCCCCCUCAUCCGCAAUCCGACUAUCCCACCCAUGCCGCCUAAUGCUCCAAGCAAGUGCAUUCUAUCCUGCGAAUGGGGCAAGGACCGUCGCGAUAUCGCCGACGGGAACCUGUAUCGCAAGAUCGAGAGUUUCCUGAACCUAGCAGCGGAAGUGGGUAGUCGCGGUGGCAAGGGAGGUAUGGUGCACGGAGUUAGGAGUUUGGGAAGCGCCACGUUAGAUUUGGCGUAUACGGCUAUGGGGUCAUUUGAUAUUUGGUGGGAGGGUGGCUGUUGGGAGUGGGAUGUCGCAGCGGGUAUUGCCAUCCUCUUGGAGGCAGGCGGCCUAGUCACAACCGCUAAUCCUCCGGAGGACCCGGAGACUGCGGCCAUUGAAGACGUUCGACUCGGCAGCCGACUCUAUCUUGCCAUUAGCAGACCGGCUGGUCCGUCGGCGACGGAGACCGGACGCCAGACGCAGGAGCGCACCGUGCGGGAAGUGUGGAAGCGCGUGCGGCAGCUGGAAUAUACCCGGCCGGGCGCGUGA